AAACAGUAUACCGUCAUACAUUUCUGCAUUUGCCUUGCACCAUUGAGACGGUUAUUAAAAGUGUCAGCACUAGGUGUUAGUGAAGUGAAAUUAUCGAUAGAAUAAUGAACGCGUUGUUAAUAUCGAUCCUGCUCUUCGGCAUCGCCAGAUCGAGUGAAAUUGAUAAUGAUAGAGCACCAACAGAGGACUCGCUGAAGCGAGGGCUGAGCACUAAAUGCGCCGCUCGGGAGACAUCAGCGUGCAUCGCGCACGAGCUCGUCACAUACGUAGACAGGAUGCUGCGGACGGCGUCCGUACAGCUCAGUGACGACCUCAUGAUUGUUGACGAGAGUCAUGGCGCAGCAGCCGACAUGCCCGUCAGUUCGGAAUCCAUUGGCAGAGCAGGAACCUCUCUCCAGGAGCAAGCGCAGCAAGUAAUCUUCGACAAGUUGUGGACAUUCGCUACCACCAGGUCUCUAAGAUACAGAUUGUUGGAUGGGGCUGACCUGGUGGUCGCCGGGAAGCAAGAGAAUGAUGGAAGCUUUGGCGUGGGAGUAUCAGUUAAAGCAGCCAAGCCCAUGGAAACAGGCAGAAGACAGAACAAGAACAUGGGUCCAUUCCUCGCAGCGGCUGCGAUGAAGAUCGGUCUUCUCGGAGCGCUGUUCUUCAAGGGUCUGACCCUGAUGGUUGGCAAGGCGCUGCUGAUAUCCAAGAUAGCUCUCCUGCUAGCCACCAUCAUCGGCCUGAAGAAACUGUUCUCUCCUCAGGUGACAGAUUAGAUGCUGCAUGUUGCAUGAUUAAAUGUUAUCAAGCGAAA